GCUCCGCCCGUUUAUGAAACGCAUCUGUCGUUAUCCUGUACCACAUGUCCUACGUCAUCUCUUCAGUCCACAUUCGUCUGUAAAUGUUGCCAUGACAGGUCUCACCUCGGGGGAAGCUAAUCCUACAGAGAAUAACCCUGAAAACCUGUAGUUGGCUGCUGUGUGCGGGCACCAAGUCAGGGAUUGGACGUUGGCGGACUCGGUUACCGACAAACUGAGGGGAGCGGGGAAACACACUACACCAAAAUGGCAACCCCCUAUGUCACAGAUGAAUCUGGUAAAUACAUUGCUGCCACUCAGCGACCUGAUGGGACAUGGAGGAAGCCAAGGCGGGUGAAGGAUGGUUAUGUUCCCCAGGAAGAAGUCCCAGUGUAUGAAAACAAGUAUGUGAAGUUUUUCAAGAGUAAACCAGAUCUGCCGCCAGGUCUGAGUUCAUCUGAUGCAGCUCAGCCAAAGCAACAACAAAAAGUCCCUGGUUGUGGAGACAAUGAAACAGCAGGCCUGUCAAAGUCUGCCAAACGCAACAUGAAACGCAAAGAAAAACGAAAACAGCAGCAGCACCAGGGCGAGGAUGGGGACGGGGCGGAUGUGGAUACAGUGACUGAUGCUGUUGAGAACGUGUCCAUUUCUGAGAGCGGUGAGUCUUCAGACAAGACGGCGGCACCAGAAUCGGUCUCUGCACCUGACGAUUCCUCAGCAGCGUCAACUGAAAAGGCCAAGAAGAUCAAAAACCUGAAAAAGAAGCUACGGCAAGUGGAGGAGCUGCAGCAUAAAGUGGACUCGGGGGAAAUAAAACAGCCUACAAAGGAUCAGCUGGAAAAACUUGGUCGGGCAGAAGCCUUAAGAGAUGAGUUGCAGCAACUGGAGCGUGAUUCGUGAAGCAAUAAAAGACAGCAGAUGAGGUGGACAGACUAAACAUACAAACUACACACUGAAAGACAGGGAAGGGACCUCUGCAGCUUCUGUGACCAUUGCUUCCAUUAAGUGUAUUCUACCUGUUUGAUAGUCAUUAAGAACUUUGGAAGUGAACACAGUCCUAGAGAGGAUGUCUAUGGAGGAGGCGCCUUCAGAACUGACAGGCCUGUUUUUUUAGUUUCAGUUAUUAAGGACUCCUGCUCAGAUACCUGUAUUUGUCAGGCCAUUCAUUUAUAAAAGUCUUUUAAAGAGAUCAUUGUGACUUGUUCUGUGCAUGUCGAUCCUCCAUUUUGUACCUUUCAUAGUGUCAUGUAUUAAUUACACAUUAAAUGAAAAUGAGUUUGUUGACGUGUCUGCUUUAGGAACUAACACAUUUUGUCCAUCAGAUUGACUCCUGUAGUCGCACUAAUGCUGAGGCGCUGUCUAUAAGAUCAUUACAUUCAUUAAAACUACAUCCUGGUCAACAUGUUUAUCUCA